GACUUGGCACUCAGCUGUAAACAGUAAACAAGGGAACAGCUGAUGAGGCGGCGGGUGGUGCAGUCAGCCCUCCGUAACCAGUGGCUUUCACCCUCCAUUAUACUAUCUGCUUUUCGUCCCCAUGCUAAUCCUGUAUUGUCAGUAAAAUUCCUUGAAGCUUUCAGAAUUCAUUGUCUUAACCAAAAUGGAGAAGCCACCAAACAUUCAGUUUUUCCCCAUCAUAAAUGGGCUACAGAAGAUGGCUCUGUAUGAGACCAAGGCACGGCUGUACCUUAUUGGCUCCAACAACACACAAACUAAGUUCAGGGUUUUGAAGAUUGAUCGCACAGAACCAUAUGAACUCAGCAUUACAGAUGACAAGGUUGAAUACAGCCAGCGCCAGAUCAAGGAGUUGUUGUCGAUGAUUAAUGAAGGCAACAGGUCCCAGUCAGGCCAGCGACAGGCCACCGGGUUGUCCCGCACUGUGUCAGCAUUUGGCAUCGUGGGGUUUGUAAGAUUCCUGGAAGGUCACUACAUCAUCCUAGUGACCAAGCGACGCAAGGUGGCGAUGAUUGGCCUGCACACCAUAUACAAGGUUGAAGAUACCACAAUGAUAUACAUUCCUCAUGAGUCUGUCCGCAAGCCCCAUGAUGACGAGCCCAAGUAUGUCCGCCUCUUCCAGAACAUUGACCUGUCCUCAAACUUCUACUUCAGCUACAGCUACGACCUGACCCACAGCCUGCAGUACAACAUGGCACCACCUAGAGAUGUUCCGCUGGAAAUCCUGACAACCUCCAAGCCGCCUAAGUCACAUGCAGUGAGUGCAGUGGAGAAGGCUGAAAAUUUCCUGAACCUGUCCGUGAGCUCCAGUGAUGAGGGGACCAGGAAAUCCAGGUCACAAUCCAAGACAUCCUGUGACAGUAAUGAGUCUUCAGCUCCCAAUGGUGAGUCUUCAGAGGUUGAUGGCACCACCCCCUCCCCUCCACUCAACACAGAACAGCCCCGGCGCCCUACAGUCUAUUAUGGCAUUCGCAACAAGCCCAAGAGUAAAUAUGUGUGGAAUUCCUACCUCCUGCAGCCUGUUGAGAACCUCCUGCACCCUGCCUGGAUCCUGCCCAUUACACAUGGCUUCAUAAGUCAGAACAACAUCUCAGUGUACGGGCGGUCCUUCUUCCUGACCCUGAUAGCAAGGCGUUCCUGUCGCUACGCUGGCACCAGGUUCCUGAAGCGUGGUGCCAACCAUGAGGGUGAUGUGGCCAAUGAGGUGGAGACGGAGCAGCUGCUGUAUGACGCCCACGUGUCCUCCCUCCACUCUGGCCGGUUCACCUCCUUUGUGCAGAUUCGUGGUUCCAUUCCGUCCCACUGGUCUCAGGAUGUCAGCAAGAUGGUUCCCAAGCCACCCAUAACCUUUGAUGUCAUGGAUCCAUACGCUGAGACUGCAGGGAAGCACUUCAAUGAGCUGCUGCGUCGCUUUGGCUCACCAAUCAUCAUCCUGAACCUGGUGAAGCGGCGCGAGGGACGGCCGCACGAAUCCAUCCUCAACACGGAGUACUGCAGUCUCAUCAACCAGCUCAACAUCUUCCUGCCACCACACCACCGCAUCCAGUACGUCGCUGUGGACAUGGCACGCAUCAAUAAGCAGAAGGAUGAAAACGUGAUGAGCCGCCUGUCAGAAAUUGCAUACCGAGCUGUGAAGAAGACAGGAAUAUUCCAGAGCCAGGCGCCUUACUACUGCCACCACCUCAACCCCAACCCCCACUACUGCCACAUGGAGCGCACCAGCACCCAGGGCGAGCCAGAGUAUGGGUCCCGCAGGAGUAUCAGUCUGGAUGAGAGGCAAGGAAGGCUUCAGACUGGUGUGGUGCGGGUCAACUGUGUGGACUGCCUCGACCGUACCAACACCGCACAGUUCUCACUCGGGAAGUGUGCCCUUGCCUUUCAGUUGUAUGCCAUGGGUGUGCUGGAGAAACCAUCCCUGGAGUUUGACAGUGACUGUGUGAGGAUGCUGGAGGAGAUGUAUGAGGAUCACGGGGACACGCUGGCCCUGCAGUAUGGCGGGUCCCAGCUCGUCCACCGCAUCAAGACUUACCGCCGCACUGCCCCUUGGACCAGCCAGGGCAAUGACAUCAUGCAGACACUCUCCAGAUACUAUAGCAACACUUUCUCGGACACAGAAAAGCAAAAUGCAAUCAACCUGUUCCUGGGUGUGUAUGUCCCUCGCAACAACACCACCCCCAUCUGGGAGCUCUCCUCAGAUUACAUUCUGCACCACUCCCUCACCAGAGGCAUCAGACCCUGCCACAGCCGCAGCACAAGUCAGUGGUGGGACGCCGAGGUGAUGGAGUCCUUGCCGCUGGCUGUGGAAGAGACCAGGAAGACUGUGGCUCUGCUCAUGCCCGUCACCCCAUUUGAGCCCAAGGUUGACUUGUAUCUUGACCACCACCGGCCAUAUGAGUUCUGCAUCCUGUCUGAGCUGUUCAGUCACCUCAUGAGUCAUUCAGUCAGGGACUACAUGCCACACUUCACCACGGACGAGAGCCCUUUUAGUGUGAGGCGGCGGCCUGGCAAGAGGCAGGAGGAGUUGUCCCGCAGCCAGAGCACCUCACCAGCCAUCAAGAACCCCGGCAUGACUGGCCAGGCCUCCACCUCUUCCACAGCCUCCAGUGGGACAAGCUCCACUGAGAGUGAGGCGAGUGAUGAGGAUGAGCUAUCGGUGGUGAGCAGCAUGAGUGAGGAUGAGGAGGACAGCAACCCAAGUCUGUCCCUCACCUCCUUCUUCCCUCCCAUGACAGAGACUUAUGGCAACUACCUGCAGGAGCCAUCACGAGUGGACAGCAUCAUCUACAAGAGGUAUGAGCAGAUUUACCGUGCGACAGGUGCUCCUGAGAGCAAGACAGCUGCAGCCACAGCUCCUCUUGUGCUGAUCCAACGGUCCAGCUUCUGUCUGGACUCCUCCGUGGAGACAGACCCACCUACCGUGACGCGUCGCUGCCGCAACAUCUAUGAGGAGCAUGUGAUGAUGGCAGUUAGGGGACCACAGCCGCCAGACAACAGGGACCUUCUGAUGUACCGAGAAUUUGUUAGUUUUGCCUGAUAGUCUUGAGGUGACAUUCAGGGAGAUGAAAUUCUGGUGGGUUGAAUGUUACGGGUGGUCUCUAGUUCUUCUUAGUUGUGUAAUUCAGAAGCCAGUCUUUUGAUGUGACACUUUACUGCUUGAAAAUCUGGUGGGCUGAGUGUUACAGAAGGUGCUCGUCAGUUCUUGUUUACUUGUGGUGUUUAAGAACGUGGUGCCUUGAUCUUACACUAUAUAGAUUAUGUGAAAUUCUGGAACAUUGAGUUUUGUACAAGGUGCUCUCCAAUUCAAGUUUAUUAGGCAUAGGUAAUCAAGAAUUUUCUCAUUUUUGUGGAUCUCUUUGCCUUUGAUAUUAUCCACAUGUUAUAUAUACAAAAUCAUUGUUUAAUUUUAUAAUGACCAAGGUUUGUGCAUAGUUUUUUUUAAGUAUCUUGGUAUCAAAGUUUUUGUAUACAUUUAUAGCAUAUUCAACAGAUAUAGAGUAAACCUCUGAUAAUCUAGAGUCAUCUACAAAAAAGUUGUAGUAUUGCAUAAAAUUAUGUUUUUAUGAAAUCAUGGUUUAUUUUUAAGAAAAUUUUUAUUAUAAAUAGGAGAACACAAAGCUAUGAAUCUGAACAAUACAGCUUGGUAAAAUUUUUGUACUUCUGAAGCAAUUUUAAAGAGGUGUUUGGUAUUACUGCAUCAAGCACCUCCUGCAGUGUGGUGGAGGUGGAGGUGUAGGCCAGAAGUGACUGACUGAGUGAUUGGUUCAAGACACCUCUGGCUGAUGGGGAAGGCAGAGUGUCCUGCCCCGGUCCACCACUCACCACCCUCACUUCCUCACAAACCUGCAGGAUCUGUAGGUGAAAACAAAACAGUAUUGAUUUAAGGUGAUACUUUCAAACACUGAUUAUCUGAAUGACAGCCUACUUUGGUGGUUAUGGCAUCUAAAUCCCUGUCAAAUUAUCAUAUUUAUGGAUGAAAGUACAAUUGUUAGGCAGCAAUUUCUGUUACAUAUUUCAAAUAAGAAAACUCUAGAUAAUAUAAUAGUUAUGUGUAAUUCAUGAAGAUCUGUAAAGUGAGAGGAUGAGAAGUUUCAUAUUUUUUAGUCAGCUAGUCAAUAUCAACCAAAGACUUUUAAUAGUCUUAUAUAUUCAUCCACUCAGCAGCAUAACAAAUAUCAAAGAUUACUUGUUACAUCAUCAGUCUUGGUAAACUCUUUCUUUGCCAGCACAUUAGCCUCGUGAAAAGACAGAGUUGGUCAAUGGGUGUUACAAGAGGAGGCAAUAUACUACAUGCAACAUAGUCUUUAGUAGAGGAGAUAUACUUUUGUUUCAUUACUUCAGUGAUAAUUAUAAUUCCACUAUAUUAUAUUUGAACCACACACACACACACACACACACACACACACACACAUAGACACAAAGAACUGUCACACUUUUCUACUUAACAGUACUUUCUUUGACAACUCCACAUCCAACACAUUCCUUAAGCACAGUAUUCUAAGCCAAAGUAUUUCUACUCUUUCUACCACAUUACCUUUCCAUAUAUUACUGCCUCACUCUCAUUACUUUACCAUAUAUUCAUCAUCUAACACUGUGCCAUAUGACUUCUGAUGUCUGGCACUUUUGACUCAUUUUCUCAAUCACUCACACACUCACUGCCACUAACAAGAACAUAUUCUCCCAAUAAGCAGGAGCAGAGAUCUUCAUACUAAUUAUACAUAUUCAUUAUAUUAUGAAUCUCUUCCCUGGGAAAUUGCAUGUAUGUAUUUUCCUGUAUGAAGUAGAAUAUUCCUCAAAAUUACAAAUGUUUUAAUUCCUUUUUUUCUUUUCUUUUAAACCAGUGUCUUUCAUUUCACAUUAUAGUUAAGUUCAUGAAGUGUUGCUCAAGUAUCCCAAUGAAGACUGCUGAGUGGAUCUUAGCACAUUAUAAUUCCUUCCUUUAUUCCACUUGGCCAGAUCCAAUGUUAUUAUAAUUAAUUGUGAUAAAGUGUACAUAUGUCUUGUUUUUUUAUGAAAUGGCAUAAAUAGUGUAAUUAUGUUUUCCUGUAUAAAUACUUUGGUCCACCUUGUAAUUUAUAAUAAACAAUAAUAAAAGUUU